UUGAUCCAUUAAGCAUCGCAUACUUUUCCCUUUUAGACACUAUAAAUAUUAUCGUCUUAACCUUCAAACCGACAACGCGCACAAGCCAAAGCAUCAUAAGAUAUAUCCUACUAAUUGGUAACUUGGAAUGGAGGACAACACACAAGAGUUGGACUGGUCCAAAGCGCAAGGAGUUGUCAUUACUGUGGACCUUGUGAAAGCAGCCAAGCGACAACUCCAAUUUCUCGCUGCCGUCGAUAGCGCGCACUGCCUCUAUGAUGGCCCUGCUCUCGAUCAUGCCAUAGACAGGUACAAGUAUUGCUGGCUUCCACUACUUGCGAAACACGCGUUGUCCCCAAUCACGACAGAGCCCUUAGUUGUGCCUCUCGAUUGCGAAUGGAUAUGGCACUGCCAUCGACUUAAUCCAGUACAAUAUAAGAUUGAUUGUGAGGAGAUUUAUGGGCGAAUUCUCGACAACCAAAAUGUCUUGUCAUCGAUUAUAGAAGGAACUAGCAUGAGACAGACCGAGAGGCUUUGGAAUCAUAUGUAUCCCACAGAAUCAUACCAUUUUGAACAAUGUUGUCAAUCUUUAAUGGGCACAAACUGCAUCAAUAUGGGGGCUCAAAGGUUCAAAUAUGAUCUAACCGCAGCAGUCAAGAGACAAUGUUCAUUUUUCAAUAAGGUGUCAAAGUCGAUAAUCAAUGAUGAUUGCUAUCUGGAGGAAGCCGUGGCUAGAUACAAAGCAUUUUUGCACCUCAUUAAGAGAAACGAGGAGAGAUAUGUUAAGUGCUUUUGUGUUCCAACUUAUGAUAUUGACCUCAUCUGGCAUUCUCACCAACUGAAUCCUCUUUCAUACUGUGAUGAUCUCAAGCCGAUUUUUGGGAAGAUCAUUAGCCACAAUGACCACAUUUCUGAUAGUCCAGUGGAUAAUAAGCACAAGAUUGGACUGGCACAAACCACUAAGCUCUGGGAAGAUAUCUUUGGUCGAAAGUACUUGAUAACAGGGGCAAUGUUUAAAAGUGAUGAUAAAAUAGCUAGGUGUUACAGUAUUGUCGGUUUCAAAACAUGUGACUCCCAAUGUGCGGAAGAAGUCACUUCAUGUGCUAAGUGUUUCAGUUGUGGGGUUGGUUUCACAACAUAUGGUUAAUAAUGCGUGCAUGGGUCACUACGUGUGCUUUAGGAUCGGAUAUACAUUCUCAAAAGCAGCGGUUGCCUAGAUGGAUAAAUAAAUCAGCAGAUGAUAUUUCUGCCAUAUAAUGUAUAAGCUUGGUCAAUCUGUGACCUAAUCUAUAUAUUAAAUGAGAAUCGAAGCUUUGCUAUA